AUCCGGUAUACGGAGAGACGGGGAAUCACGGUAACUGAGGCAAGAGCGAAACAAGGCUGUCUCUAAAGGGGCUUGUGCUUGUUCUGACACUCUUACAGCACCUCGCGGAUACACUCCAUUACACCCACAGUGAAAAAAACUCAAACACACCGUGGUAUGUUUCUUUUAUUCGUCCCUUUCUCUUCACCCUGACCACUAAGUCAAAGUGGCAGCCUUAAGAGUGAUGAUGUGACUGGGACUGCUUGGAAGAGUUUAUUUCUGGAGAUCUGACGUAUGAUCUAGGUCUACUAAAUUUAUAUUUAGGCCCAAUUUUUCCAGAUUGUUAGGUGCAUUUCUGUAGUACACGCCUUUCUGGUGCACUUGUGCUGAUAACACUUAUCCUCAUUUGUUUGCUGUGUGUUUGUGUGACUGUACGUAUUCUUAUGGCCUGCCACUGAACAAACUCAUUAAGGAACAAACUCUGCUUCAAACCAACCAGAAAAUUACCUCCCAAGUCGAACAGGACGACCCAAGGACAGACGAGCAGCGCCUCUGCCACAUCCAGUCAGAGCGCAGAGCCUAAUGAAGGCUUAGUUGGCUUAUCCAACGCUUAGGAUGUGUCACAUUCAACACCCCACUGAAUGUAACACCAGCCUUACUGCUUGUUGUAAUUUAAUUUUAGGAGUUUCUGAAGAAAAUUUCAACAUAACAUAAGCAAGUACAGCUUUGUAAUGGCCUGCUGCCUAAAAGCUAAAUGCAGCAUCAACCAAACGGGUUGAGCAGAAAUUUGCUGAGGUGUUAGUUAAGAAUGAUACAUCUGUGCCGGUUUGGUCAGGCCUUUGCUUUCUAGGAAGGAUCUAGUGACGGUCACCUGUGUCUCUACUCUACCUCGACUGCUGUAACACCCCGUAUGCUGGGCUGUUAGCCCUCGCUGUCACGGCUGCAAUUAGCACAGAAGGCUAAAGCUGGAAUCAUUUGUGGCAUAAUCUGCUUAACGGUCUUUUGCUUCUUUGCUUUUACUGUUUUUAUCUUUUGCCUUUAUGCUUUUAUUUUGGCGAUGAUUUUGGGAAGUCUCCUCUUGUAAUAUUUUAUAGUUUAUGAUGUUAUCUGUUUUUAGGGUGCAACACUUGACUGGUGGUAGUAUGGUGUGCUGUAAAUGAAUGAAUGAAUGAAUGAACAAAUGAAUGAAUGAAUUCACUGACUGCUAAAUAAUAUAAACUGUUGUUUUCUUUAGCGAAACACAGACAUACUUAAUUUUUUGAGACAAUCCAAUUGUCACCACAAGAAAAAAAAUGUUACUUGACAUUUAAUGUCUUAAAAGGCACAGAAAUGACUGACCUGGCCCGCCACGCCAGUGCUUUCUUAUGGGAAGCACACGACCUGGUAACGCUCCUACUAAAAUAACUCCACCACCUGAGAAUUUUAACCGGGCCAAUCAGCGCUGAGUAUCGUAAGUCACACACCUCGCUCAGCUUUUCAUAAACAACAAAGACGGCGUCUGAGUUCGCUGCGGCUCUUUCCUCUACUCUAAAUGACUUGGACACGUCUUUAAAACCAAAAACAAGAAGAAGCGCUAAAAGCCUUUCUGCUAAAGUAAGAUGUUUGCACCGUCACCAGACGCCAUCUUUGACUACCGAUAAAAAACAACAUCCAGUCGUCAUAUCCACCUUUUUUCUGAUUGGUUAUUUUUGAGCUGGCUAGUCCCGCCCCUCAUGGUGGGCGGAUCCAGACUCGUCCUCUAUGUAGAAUAGACAGAGGACGAAUCCGGCAGGCCAGGCUACCGGUUUACAGCUUUUGACCUACAGUUUAGUGCAGCAACCGCUGACUCGUUGAUUUGCAUACUUUGAGAACUAAUGUAGAUCAUUGCAACAUUUUGUGAGGGUUACAUAUAGAUGGCUACCUGUUAACUCCAUUAUUUAUUGAAGAAAGAACUCAAUUAUAACCCGAAUGACACUUGGAAAUAGUUGAUUUUGAGUGGAUAUUUAGAGUAAACAGCUGGUCAAUGUUUUAUCAGUCAAUAACACAACUCUUGCUAAUCCUGUGGUAUUUCUGAGCCAGUAGCUUCCAAUUAAGUAGUGUUAUCUGGGGAGAUGUUGCUGACAGUAUCAAUACCAUCUAUGUGACCUUCUGUUCUUCUUCUCGUUCCUCGGUGCUCUCGAGUUGUCUCAUCUCCUUCCUUCCUGUACACUUACUGACUUUCCUCUCAGCUCUCACAUGUAUGGAUGUCACUUUUAAUUGUUCUUCACCAAACUUUUACUGAGACUGACAAAUGUCAUGAAUUUCCGUUCGGGUUUAUUACGAGAGUCUCAGACUGAGUGUCACCUAAAUGGUUUAAUUAUAAAGGUAAUUGUCGCCGCGUUGUAGCGCUGGGGACUCAACGGAGUACGAUUGCUUUUGCUAAUGCCCCUGCUAAAUCUACAGCAGCCUUCAGUAACAAUGUCAUUAUGUGUAUUUGUUUCUUUUUACAGUGAAGACUUGUGGCAGUAAUCUUCAGGGGCCUUCAGGGACUUUUACAUCUCCCAACUUCCCAAUCCAGUAUGACAGCAAUGCACAGUGUGUGUGGAUAAUUACGGCGUCGAAUCCCAACAAGGUGAUCCAGAUCAACUUUGAGGAGUUUGACCUGGAGAUAGCGUACGACACGCUAACUAUCGGAGAUGGAGGGGAGGUGGGAGAUCCUACAACUAUUCUACAAGUCCUAUCAGGAAGCUUUGUCCCUGACCUCAUCGUCAGUAUGACCCACCAGAUGUGGCUGCACCUUCAGUCGGAUGAGAGCGUUGGAUCUAUUGGGUUUAAGAUUAACUAUAAAGAAAUAGACAAAGAGAGUUGCGGUGACCCGGGAACUCCGCUCUACGGAAUACGAGAGGGAGACAACUUUUCCAACGGGGGAAUCCUGCGCUUCGAGUGCCAGUUUGGCUUUGAGCUGAUCGGAGAAAAGACCAUCUCCUGCCAGGACAACAACCAGUGGUCCGCAAACAUCCCCAUAUGCAUUUUCCCUUGCAUGUCCAACUUCACAGCUCCCUCAGGGACCGUCCUCUCUCCAGAUUACCCAGAAGGCUACGGGAACAACAUGAACUGUGUCUGGCUUAUCCAAUCGGACCCAGGCUCAAGAAUCCACUUGGCUUUUAACGAUUUCGACCUGGAGGCGCCGUACGAUUCCCUAACUGUGAAAGAUGGCGAGACAAACGAUGCCAAUGUCAUCGGGAGAUUCUCUGGAGCCGAGAGUCCAUCCCAUCUGACGUCGAACACCAACACGCUGAGGCUGGAGUUCCAGGCCGAUCACUCCAUGUCCGGCAGAGGGUUCAACAUCACAUACAGUACGUUUGGCCAUAAUGAGUGCCCAGAUCCUGGCAUCCCCAUCAAUGCUCGCCGCUUUGGAGACAGCUUUCAGCUUGGCAGCUCCAUCUCUGUGGUGUGUGAGGACGGUUUCAUCAAAACCCAAGGAGCUGAGACCAUCACCUGUCAGUUAGAGAGAGGAAAAGUCAUGUGGAGUGGGCCCAUUCCUAAAUGCGAAGCCCCAUGUGGGGGUCACUACUCAGCUCCAAGUGGGGUGAUCCUGUCUCCUGGGUGGCCCGGCUACUACAAAGAUUCCCUCAGCUGUGAGUGGGUGAUUGAAUCCGAGCCAGGACGUUCCAUCAAAAUAGCAUUUGACAGGUUCCAGACAGAGUUGGGCUACGACUUCCUGGAGAUCCACGAUGGGCCGAACCUCCUAUCUCCUCUGGUUGGCUCCUUCAAUGGCACCCAGGUGCCCCAGUUUCUGUUCAGCAGCAGCAACUUCCUCUAUCUCCUGUUUACCACGGAUAACAGCCGCUCCAAUGUUGGCUUCAAAAUACUCUACGAAAGUGUUACAGUGGACAGCUACUCCUGCCUGGAUCCCGGGAUUCCUGUGAACGGAAUUCGAUACGGACAAGACUUCUCCAUCGGGUCAACGGUGUCGUUUGGCUGUGAUUCGGGCUACAGACUCAGCCACGAAGAGCCGCUGGUCUGUGAAAAGAACCACUGGUGGAGUCAUCCUCUACCAACUUGUGAUGCCCUGUGCGGUGGUGAUGUUAGAGGUCCCUGGGGAACCAUCCUCAGUCCCGGCUAUCCAGACAGCUACCCUUCAUCUCUCAACUGUACCUGGACUGUUGAAGUCAGUCAUGGAAAAGGAGUCCAGUUUCAGUUCAACUCCUUUCAUCUCGAGGAUCAACACGACUACCUCUUGGUUACUGAGAAUGGGAGUUUCCAGCAACCGCUGGCUCGUCUGACCGGCAACGAGUUGCCUAGCAACAUCAAUGCCGGUCUCUAUGGCAACUUCAAAGCCCAGCUACGAUUCAUCUCUGACUUUUCCAUCUCAUACGAGGGCUUCAACAUAACUUUUUCUGAAUAUACAUUGGAGCCAUGUGAGGACCCGGGAAUGCCGCGAUUCGGCAGGAGAAACGGAUACAGUUUUGGAGUCGGGGACACUUUGUCCUUUUCCUGCAACAUGGGAUAUCGCCUGGAGGGGGCGCCAGAGUUAGUCUGCCUGGGAGGAGGGCGGAGAAUGUGGAGUGCUCCUUUACCUCGAUGUGUUGCCGAGUGUGGUUCUUCAGUUGUAAAUAAUGAAGGAAUACUCCUUUCUCCCAACUAUCCACUGAACUACGACAACAACCAUGAGUGCAUCUACAGCAUCCAGGUGCAAGCUGGGAAAGGCAUCAACAUUUCUGCGAGGACCUUCCAUCUCGCUCAGGGCGAUAUUCUCAAAAUUUAUGACGGGAAAGACAACACAGCCCAGGUUCUGGGAGCUUUUACUGGGUCAUCCAUGUUGGGCCUCACUCUGAUUUCCACAUCAAACCACCUUUGGCUGGAGUUUUAUAGUGAUUCAGAAAGCACCGGAGAAGGAUUCAAACUAGUCUACUCAAGUUUCGAAUUAUCUCACUGCGAGGACCCCGGCGUGCCUCAGUUUGGCUUCAAAGUCAACGACCAAGGCCAUUUCUCUGGGAGCAGCAUCACAUACAGAUGUGAGCCAGGGUACACGCUGCAUGGGGCCACCACACUGAAGUGUAUGACUGGUGAAAGGAGAGCUUGGGACAACCCUCUGCCUUCAUGUAUCGCCGAGUGCGGCGGACGCUUUAAAGGCGAGUCCUCCGGGAGGAUUCUUUCCCCUGGAUACCCCUUUCCUUACGACAACAACCUCCGCUGCACCUGGACCAUCGAGGUGGAUUCAGGGAACAUCGUGAGCCUGCAGUUCCUGGCCUUCGAUACUGAAGCCAGCCACGACAUGCUGAAGGUUUGGGACGGCCCACCUGAGAAUGAAAUGUCUCUGGCUGAGCUCAGUGGGUCUCUGCUCCCGGAGGGAAUCCACUCCACCCUAAACACCGUCACGGUUCAGUUUGAGACCGACUUUUACAUCAGCAAGUCGGGAUUUGCUAUUGAGUUCUCAAGCUCGGUGGCUACAGCCUGCAGGGACCCAGGUGUACCAAUGAAUGGUAGUCGUAGCGGAGAUGGCCGUGAGCCGGGGGAUUCGGUGUCCUUUCAGUGCGACCCUGGAUACGAGCUCCAGGGGGACGACAGAAUAACCUGCAUACAAGUGGAUAACAGAUACUACUGGCAGCCCAGUCCUCCCGUCUGCAUAGCACCUUGUGGAGGAAACCUGACAGGCUCCAAUGGAUUUAUACUCUCUCCUAACUACCCCCAUCCCUACCCUCACUCAAAGGACUGUGAUUGGCUCAUUGCUGUCAACUCUGACUACGUUCUGUCACUGGCUUUUAUCAGCUUCAACAUCGAGCCAAACUACGACUUCCUUUACAUUUACGACGGUCCGGACAGCAACAGUCCGCUGAUCGGCAGCUUCCAGGACAGCAAACUCCCAGAGAGGAUAGAGAGCAGCUCCAACACUAUGCACUUGGCAUUCCGCAGUGAUGGGUCGGUGUCUUACACCGGCUUUCACCUGGAAUACAAAGCUAAGCUGAGGGAGUCCUGCUUCGACCCCGGGGUGGUUCUGAAUGGAACCAGGCUGGGAUCCGAUUAUAAGCUGGGCUCGACGGUCACCUUCUACUGCGAAGCUGGAUAUGUCCUGCAGGGCUAUUCUACUCUAACCUGCAGUAUGGGAGAUGAUGGCAGGCCUGGAUGGAACAGGGCUUUGCCUAGCUGUCAAGCUCCGUGUGGAAGUCGCUCUACGGGUUCAGAUGGGACCGUUUUGUCCCCGAACUUCCCCAGAAACUAUACUUCUGGACAGACCUGCGUGUACUCCAUAUCUGUGCCGAGAGAGUUCGUCCUGUUUGGUCAGUUUGUGCUGUUCCAGACGUCUCUGAAUGACGUAGUGGAGAUUUAUGAUGGACCCACCCAACAGAACACACUUCUGUCCUCCUUGUCUGGUUCCCACUCAGGCGAAUCUCUCCCUUUGAGUUCAGGAAACCAAAUUACGAUCAAGUUCACCAUAGUUGGACCAGAAACCGCAAAAGGAUUUCAUUUUGUCUACCAAGCUGUACCUCGAACCAGCUCCACUCAGUGCAGCUCAGUCCCGGAGCCACGCUUCGGGAAACGUCUGGGUAAUGACUUUGCAGUUGGCUCAUUGGUGCAGUUUGAGUGCAACCCUGGUUACGUCCUCCAUGGCUCCUCGGCCAUUCGUUGUGAGAGCGUACCGGACAACCUGGCGCAAUGGAAUGACACUCUGCCGACAUGCAUGGUUCCCUGUGGAGGUGUAUUGACCUCUCGCCGUGGAACCAUCCUGUCGCCAGGCUACCCAGAGCCGUAUGACAACAACCAGAACUGUGUGUGGAAGGUCUCUGUUCCAGAAGGGGCUGGCAUACAGAUUCAAGUUGUGAGUUUUGCUACUGAGCACAACUGGGAUUCAUUGGAUUUUUAUGAUGGUGCCGACAACCACGCACCUAGACUGGGCAGCUACUCUGGAACCACCAUCCCCCCUCUUCUGAACAGCACAUCUAACAACCUCUAUCUCAGCUUUACCUCUGAUAUCAGUGUCUCCGCUGCUGGGUUUCACCUGGAAUAUACCGCUAUCGGUCUGGAAUCAUGCCCGGAGCCUCAAACUCCAAACUACGGAGUUAGACAAGGAGACAGAUUCAUGGUGGGGGAUGUUGUGCAGUUUUCGUGCGAACAAGGAUACUCUCUUCAGGGCAAUGCUCACAUCACCUGUAUGCCUGGACCAGUCAGAAGGUGGAACUAUCCAGUGCCGUUGUGUAUCGCUCAGUGUGGUGGUACUAUGACGGAUGUAAGUGGAGUCAUUCUAAGUCCCGGUUACCCUGGCAACUAUCCCAGUGGAUUAGACUGCACAUGGGCUGUCAAUUUACCUGUUGGCUUUGGGAUUCAUCUCAAGUUUCUAAACUUCUCCACCGAAGCGAUCCAUGAUUACCUAGAGAUUCGUAGUGGAACGCUGGAGACGGGCUCGGUGAUUGACCGGUUCAGCGGUCCGGUCAUUCCUAAACCGCUGUUCAGCACCACCCAUCAAACCACCUUCUUUUUCCACAGCGACUACUCACAAAACAAGCCUGGGUUCCACAUCACGUAUCAAGCCUACCAGCUCCAGAGUUGUCCUGACCCUCGGCCAUUCCGAAACGGCAUUGUGAUUGGCACAGACUUCAGCGUCGGGAUGACAGUGUCAUUUGAGUGUCUCCCUGGAUAUUCUCUGAUUGGAGAAGCUUCUCUGACAUGUUUACAUGGAAUCAGCAGGAACUGGAACUACCCACUUCCACGCUGUGAAGCUCUUUGCGGCGGGAACAUCACAUCAUUGAAUGGAACCAUUUACUCACCCGGACACCCCGAGGAAUACCCGAACUUCCAGGACUGUGUGUGGAGUGUGAGAGUUCCUCCGGGACACGGGAUUUACAUCAACUUCACCGUCCUGAGCACCGAGCCCAUUUAUGACUACAUUACCGUCUGGGACGGUCCGGAUCAAUCAUCCCCUCAGAUUGGCCAGUUUAGUGGGAACACAGCGCUGGAGUCUGUCUAUUCGACCUCCAACAUCAUCCUCAUUAAAUUCCACUCUGACUUCUCUGGAUCCGGCUUCUUUGUCUUAAGUUACCACGCCUACCAAUUAAGGAUUUGCCAGCCUCCCCCAGAAGUGGCCAACUCUGACAUACUGAUGGAGGACGGAGAGCUGGAGAUAGGUGACAUCAUCAGAUACAAAUGCCAUCCUGGAUUCUCAUUGGUCGGCAGUGAGAUUCUUACGUGUCGUUUAGGAGAGAGGCUGCAGAUGGAUCUUCCUCCUCCAAUGUGUCAAGUUCAGUGUCCCGCUCAGGAGGUGCGAUACGACUCAUCGGGCGUCAUUCUCAGCCCGGGCUGGCCAGAAAGCUACCCGAACCUCCAGAUGUGCUCGUGGAGCGUUAACGUGGAGAAAGGAUACAAUGUCACCAUAACCUUUGAGAGUUUCCACACCGAGAGAGAGUUUGAUGUGCUGGAGAUUUCUGAUGGUCCCACGCCCAACAGUCCAACUCUGGCAACACUGAGCGGCGACCUGCCGACACCCUUUAACAUCACCACCUCCGGUCACCAGUUUCUGGUCCGCUGGUCGUCAGACCACGGCACCAACAAGAAAGGCUUCAGAAUUCGCUAUGUUGGUGAGUACCAAACCCAGUACUGCUCCACCCCAGACUCUCCCCUCCAUGGCUCUAUAUCCUCCCAGACUGGCGGCCAUGUUAACAGCGUGGUGCGGUGGGCGUGCGACCGUGGUUACCGUCUUAUAGGCAACGGCACAGCGACCUGCCGUCGUACACCUCUGGGGUACCACGCCUGGGACUCGCCAGUUCCCGCGUGUCAAGCUGUCUCCUGCGGGCCACCCAAGGCUCCCAUAAAUGGCGGGGUGCUAACAGCUGACUACUCCGUGGGAACAAGAGUUUCCUAUUUUUGUAAUGACGGGUACAGGCUCUCCAGUAAAGAACUGACAUCAGCCAUCUGCCAGCCUGACGGAACGUGGAGCAACCACAAUAAGAUACCGAGAUGUUCAGUUGUUGUGUGUCCGAGCAUCGGCUCCUUUUCUCUGGAGCACGGACGAUGGAGGAUAGUCAACGGCUCACACUACGAGUACAGAACUCGCAUUGUGUUCACUUGCGACCCAGGAUACUAUAGAUUAGGCCCCGCCCACAUCCAGUGCCUUUCCAAUGGGGUGUGGAGCUGGAAGAACGAAAGGCCACACUGCCAAGUUAUCUCCUGUGGCGAGCUGCCUUCUCCUCCCAAUGGGAAGAAGAUUGGUACUCAGAUGACAUUCAGUGCCACGGCCAUCUUUACCUGCGACGCUGGCUUCAUGCUGGUGGGGUCAGCUGUCAGGGAGUGCCUGUCGUCUGGGCUCUGGAGUGGAACAGAAACCCGAUGUUUAGCUGGUCACUGUGGAAUCCCCGAGGGCAUCGUAAACGGCCAGGUGAUCGGGGAGAACUUUGGGUACCGUGACACAGUUGUGUAUCAAUGUCUCCCUGGCUAUCGCCUGAUUGGUUCAUCAGUUCGAAUCUGUCUCCAAGACAACCAGUGGUCCGGACAGCUGCCAAUCUGCAUACCGAUCAGUUGUGGACAUCCAGGAAGUCCCAUUUAUGGACGUACUGUGGGGAACGGCUUCAACCUCAACGACGUGGUCAGCUUUGUUUGCAACCGUGGUUAUGAAAUGGAGGGGCCCGCUCGUGCUCAGUGCCAGGCCAACCGCCAGUGGAGCCACCCGCCCCCAACGUGUAAAGGUGGGGAGAAAAUGGUCAAUUGCUCCGAUCCUGGUAUCCCUGCCAACUCCAUUCGGCAGAGCAAAAUAGAGCAUGGAAACUUCACGUUUGGCACGGUGGUGUUCUACGACUGUAACCCUGGGUAUUACCUGUUUGGAUCACCUGUACUCACCUGCCAACCGACGGGACAGUGGGACAAACCCCUUCCUGAGUGCAUAGUCAUAGAUUGCGGCCACCCUGGCUCUCCCCCCAAUGGUGUGCUGAGCGGAGAUAAGUUUACAUUUGGUUCAACUGUUCGAUAUUCCUGUCUGGGCGGGAGACAACUGAAAGGAGAAUCGUCCCGGACGUGUCAGCUCAAUGGGAUGUGGAGCGCCCCCAUGCCCUUUUGCUCCGGCGACAUCGCCGGUUCCUGUGGUGAUCCGGGCAUUCCCUCCCAAGGUUCAAGGGAGCAAACAGAUUUCAGGAUCCGUUCCAAGGUUUUCUUCACCUGCUCAGAGGGCUAUGAGCUUAUUGGAUCCUCUGAAAGGAUGUGCUUCCCCAAUGGGACUUGGUCUGGCACGCAUCCUUUCUGCAAACCUGUCCAGUGUGGUAAUCCUGGAACUCCCAGCAACGGCAGAGUAUUCCGUCUGGAUGGAACCACGUUCUCUCAUUCGGUCAUUUACUCCUGCAUGGAUGGCUACCUGCUGACCGGCGCCACCACACGGCUGUGUCAGGCCAAUGGGACAUGGUCGGGAUUACAACCCAACUGUACCAUGAUAAACUGCGGUGAUCCCGGCGUUCCCGCCAACGGCCUUCGCUAUGGAGAGGACUUCACGAUUGGUCAGAAUAUUUCCUUCCAGUGCCAGCCGGGAUACAGGAUGGAGGAGGAAGGGUCACCUGUCAGGAUGUGCACCCAAAAUGGGACAUGGAGUGGAACCAUGCUGACAUGUACAGCGGUGACCUGCGCAGCGCCCCCUGCCAUCAGCAGCGGGGUGCUGCAGGGCAGUGACUUUGAAUGGGGCAGCAGCGUGAGCUACAGCUGCUCACCUGGAUACGAGCUCUCGUUCCCGGCCGUCCUGACCUGCGUGGCCAAUGGCACCUGGAGCGGCAUGCUUCCUCAGUGCUUACCCAAGUUUUGUGGUGACCCGGGGACUCCAGUUGGUGGUUUCAGAGAGGGGCGGAGUUUCAUCUACCAAUCAGAAGUGUCCUUCACCUGUUCUCCACCUUUAAUACUGGUCGGCACGGCAACCAGGCUGUGUGAAAGUGAUGGUACCUGGAGCGGAACGCAGCCACGCUGCAUCGAGCCGACCAAAACCAGCUGCGAUAACCCCGGAACGCCACGCUACGGCUCCUUAAACCGGACCUACGGAUUCAAGGUGGGGAGCGUGGUGUCAUUUCAGUGCCAUCCAGGUCAUUUGCUUCAGGGAUCUUCUUCUAGAACCUGCCAGCCUGAUCUGACGUGGAGUGGAAUACAACCGGAGUGCAUACCCCACGCCUGCAAGCAGCCAGAGAGCCCGCUCCAUGUGGACGUGGUGGGAAUGGAUCUGCCAGGUUUCGGCUACACCUUGGUGUACAGCUGUCAGCACGGGUACUUCCUGGCCGGGGGAUCUGAGCACAGAGUCUGCAAGAGUGAUGGCACUUGGACUGGAAAGAUGCCAGCGUGCAGAGCUGGAGAAAAGAAGAAACCAGUGAAACCAGUAACAGGAACGCCCAGCCCAAAACUCCAUGUUCCGGACGAUGUUUUUGCGCCAAACUACAUAUGGAAGGGUUCCUACAAUUACCGUGGCAGGAAGCAACCUAUGACACUGAGCAUCACCAGCUUCAACUCCACAACAGGGAGAGUCAACGUUAGCCUUAGCAAUGGCAAUCUGGAGCUGCUCCUGUCAGGAGUCUAUAAGACUUCAGAGGCCAGACUGAUGCUUCUGAUGUAUCAGGUGAACUAUGUGAACCAGGGGACCCAGAUGAAAGAUUCAGCCAUCUCUCCAGCGAAGAUCAUGGACGACUCAUGGACUAUGGAUGGAUUUGUUUCAGCAGAGCCUGAUGGUUCCAGCUACGUAUUCCAGGGUUUCAUUCAGGGAAAGGACUACGGACAGUUCGGACUGCAGCGACUCGGUCUGAACACGUCAGAGAGUCAAAACUCACCACCCCCCCAGCUCGGUACCAACAGCAGCUCUGUGGCCAUCGCUAUCCUGGUGCCUUUCUUCGCUCUGAUCUUCACUGGCUUUGGCUUUUAUCUCUACAAACAGAGCCGACAGCAUGGAUGCCCUCAGAGCUGUGCUCGCUUUAUCAGUUGUCCAAGCGGAAUUACUGCACCUUGCGGAAGACCGCAGACGAAGGACGAGGUUAAGAACAGCUAUUGCCCGGCGCAUGGCUUCUCCACGUCCAAGAACCACACCAAAAACGCAGUACACCGGCUGUUCAGUCCACGAAAACAACAACGGCCAGGCAGCCUUUGAGAAUCCCAUGUACAACACAAACACCAAGGCCGUCGAGGGAAAAGCUGUGAGGUUCGAUCCGAAUCUAAACACCGUCUGCACCAUGGUCUGAUCUCCCGGGCUCAGAUAUCCAGCGGGACCACGGCAUGGAAGUGAGAGAGGAAAGAGUUUGGGCCAAAACCCGACCUUCCCUUUGAUGACAGUAUUUUUAUGCACACAUGGAUACAGAAAUGAGCCAAACAUCAAGAUUAAAUGUGCUAGAAGAUGUGAACACAAACCAGAAGUUCAGCUAGCCCCUAAAUUUGUCACCAGGUGAAACGCUGCCUUGGUGAGAAAACGGAGACGAUAUCCAUCAGGAUAAAAGCCAACGAGUGACUGGUGAUGUCAUCAAACAACCCCAGUUUUGGUUCAACGUUGUCUCCAGCAGACUAUUGCUAAACCAACGGACUCCAACUAGAGAGGACAAUCUCCUGUCUCCAUGGCAACCUGAGACAGGUAUUAGCCACCUCCAUUUUUUUUUUUUCCCACUUACACGGACACAAGGAAGGCUGAUGCUAGCCGCCGGACAUCCCCGGAGACGGAGCAGUAAUCCCAACUGAGCUGGGAUUAGAGCAAAGCCAAACUACAAGGAGUGAGUGCUAACAGAACAGAUGAGGUCGACUCAUCUAACGGACAACACUGCCUUUUCCCAACCUCGGAGUAAGAGAGGGAGGGGUGGUGGUAACGAGAUGAAGGAAGCUCCUAACUGAACUAGACGGGAUUUUACAAUCUUAACACGGCCAAUCAGAACCUGUCUAACCUGAAAUAAUCUAGUGUGAGACGAGUCCUACAUACCCAAUCAGAUCAAGAAGAGGCCGAAUGAAAACAGAGGACUCUGAGAAGCUCUGGCACUAAAGCACAUUUCAGCGUCUCUAUCAGAUUAGCAGAUUUACAGAUGGAGACAGAAACCCGACAGGCAGGGCAGAGGAAAAACAGACCGGGUUUUCACCCCACGACUGUGGACGACGGUCCACUGUGAUUCUGCACUCUGGGAGUGCUUACCUUCUGUUUGUUACUGCUGCAGAAUCUUCUGAUCUGUAAAUCUAUUGCAUAUAUAUUCUGGAGCAUUCACCACCUAUAUUUUUGUGCUAUAUAUUUACCACGAGGGAGGGGCAGAGACAGAUUAUAACAGUUUUUAGGAGAAAAAAAAAGCAAACUGCAACCACGUGCUGUCCACAAGAGUCCCAGAUUUUUGGUUCCAUCAUAACUUCUCGUGUAGCAUGAAGUUCCUCUCACUGGUGUCCAGAUGCAACAAUCAUCCUUCAGAUCAAUGUUCACACACUUUUUAUCAAAGCCUGAAUUGUUAGAAGUUUUUAUCACAUCAUAGUCUAAGUCGAUAGUGUUGUCUGGCCUCGUGUGUGCUUGAACAGGAAUCCCAUUAAAUACAAUUUCAAUUUAAAGGCAUACUUUGCAACUUUUUACCAUAAAACAACUAAGUUAACAGGUGUUUCUAAAUGUUUGUCAUUGUUUUAGUGGGAAACCAUGGCUACUAGCUGACACGUACUUCAUCGCUAUGGUGACAUCAUGCCUCUUAAUCACGUUUACACCGGUUGUUGCUGCUCUUAUUUGUUUUUAUUUAAUUGAGAAUCUGACUCAGUGCCUACCAAAAACCACAGGACCCUCCCUGCCAUCAACAACACCGUAUGCUCGAUCACAUGGACGCAGGUACCCCACCCAUUAUUUUCCCCACAGGCUUUUCCUAUGACCGACCGCAAUAAGACCCAUGUGAUUUAAAAGACUUAUAGCCGUUCCUGCCUGGGGAAAUUGAAAAUAUUCACUGUUUGAGAAAAAAAAGACGAAAUAUAGAAUAAAAAAGUGUUUUGUACAGAAAUAUAUUUUUAUGAUGAAAUUAUUUGUAAAAUGUAUGAAUCUAUUAUGUAAAUUUUCAAUGCAAUGUAAAAUUAAAAAAGCCUAAUUGCUUUUGUAAAA